CUUUCAAUUUCCUCCAAAAUUCAAAUCUCCCUUUCCGUUCGCCUCCUCCAACGGCUACCCCUCAUUUCUCCCUCUCCUCUCUCUCUUCCUCCUCUCUCGCUCUCUUGUGCAUCCAAACCCUACUCUCUCAGUCCCACUCCCUCCCCCUCCCUCCCUCUCUCUCUCUGAAACCCUCGCUUUCUCUCUCUACAUUCGAUGAAGCACUUCAUGCAGCCGAGAAACGCGAUAUUGACGGAGAUGACGGAGCCUCCCUCGUCGCCAAACCCUAUCUCCGCCAAGCCCAAGCCACCUCGGAAGCCCAAGGCCUCCAAGGAGAACGCUCCGCCGUCGGAUCCCAACUCCAUGAUCUCCGAUUCUAAACCUUCGCCUGCCGCGAAGUUGAAGGGCCCAUUGCCGCCUCGGCCCCCGUCGUCGAACCCUCUCAAGCGGAAGCUCAGCGUUGACUCUCAGACCGAAAACUCCGGCCCUGGAACCUCCGAUUCUGGUGUACAGGUAGUGGUGAGAAUGCGACCACCACAAAAGGACAAGGACGAAGGAGAGAUGAUGGUGCAGAAAUUAUCUAGUGACUCUUUGUCGAUAAAUGGACAGACCUUCACAUUUGACUCGGUCUGCAACACAGAUGCAUCACAGCUAGAUAUUUUCCAGCUUGUAGGAGCACCUCUAGUUGAGAAUUGUAUGGCAGGUUUUAACAGUUCUGUAUUUGCAUACGGACAGACGGGAAGCGGAAAGACAUACACCAUGUGGGGUCCAGCCAAUGCCUUGCUGGAUGAGAAUCUAUCAAGUGAUCAACAAGGGUUAACCCCCCGUGUUUUUGAGUGUCUUUUUGCUCGCUUAAAUGAGGAGCAAAUCAAGCACGCUGAUAAAGAACUCAAGUAUCAGUGCCAUUGUUCUUUUCUCGAGAUUUACAAUGAACAAAUCACAGAUCUUUUGGAUCCAAAUCAAAAAAGCCUUCAGAUAAGAGAAGAUGUUAAAUCAGGUGUUUAUGUCGAAAAUCUCACCGAGGAGUGUGUACGUACAAUGAAAGAUGUGACUCAGCUUCUGAUAAAGGGCUUGUCAAACAGGAGAACAGGUUCAACUAGUAUCAAUGCUGAGAGUUCCCGCUCACAUACUGUAUUUACCUGUGUUGUUGAAUCUCAAUGCAAGAAUGUGGCAAAUGGUACAAGUUUCAAAACCAGUAGAAUAAAUCUUGUUGAUCUAGCUGGAUCAGAGCGUCAGAAGUUAACAGGGGCGGCAGGAGAGCGCUUGAAGGAAGCAGGGAAUAUCAAUCGAUCACUCUCACAGCUUGGGAACCUGAUAAACAUUCUUGCUGAAAUUUCUCAAACGGGAAAGCAAAGGCAUAUCCCCUAUAGAGAUUCCAGGCUUACAUUCUUAUUGCAGGAAUCUCUGGGUGGAAAUGCAAAGUUAGCAAUGGUCUGUGCUAUUUCUCCAACACAAGGCUGUAAGAGUGAGACGUUCAGUACAUUGAGGUUUGCACAGCGUGCUAAGGCUAUCAAGAACAAGGCAGUUGUUAAUGAAGUAAUGCAGGAAGAUGUGAAUCAGUUGCGUGAGGUGAUACGACAGCUAAGGGAUGAACUACGCCAGAUUAAGGCAAAUGGAAACAACCCAGUCGCUUCAAGUGGAGGUCACAGUGCAGCAUGGUUUCGUCAAAGUUUGAAUAUGCUAAAGGCUAGCCUUAAACCUCCAAUGACAUUACCUCAUGUUGAUGAUGACAGUGAUGAGGAGAUGGAAAUUGAUGAGGAAGCUGUUGAGAGGCUUUGUGCUGAAGUAAGUAACCAGACAGUUGUCAAUGAAGCUAACAACAGAGCAGAUGUGAACAGUGUAGACACAAUGAAAUCACAUUCGCAACUCGUGGCUGUUCAAAUUGGAAGCUCCGAAGUUUCUCGAAGCUAUGCAUCUGGAAGUGAUUGUAUCAAAGAACAAGGUGUUGAUACAGAUGUUAAUAUGGAAGAAGGAAUAUCCGAACAAGGGGACAUGAUUGUUGAAUGUGCUAGCAGCACCCCAGUUAUUCCCAGUGCUAGUGCAUCGGACCCUCGCAAUGUUAUAGAAGAUACCUCCAUGCAGCCUGCUCAGGAGGAAAAUAUUCUGAGGUCCUCCAUUAUUGAUUUUCUAAUUGAAGAAUCAGCCUGCAAAAGUGUGGAAGAAGGUUCCUUAUGUGCAGCCUCUGAUCCUUCAGGAGGCAUGCCUGGCUGCCUUUCAGUCACAGAUGAAUGCAUUGGUUCUCCAAAUGACGUAAUUAACUGUGUUUCUCCAUGUCUGAGCAUAGUUCCAUGCAAUGUACCCGAAGUUCUAAAGUCUCCUACCCCCAGUGUUUCACCCAGGGUCAACACCAGCAGGAAAAGUUUGAGGACGUCUUCAAUGCUGACUGCUUCUCAGAAGGAUCUUACUGGUGGGAGUACGUUAAGUCCAGAUGACAUGCGCAUAUCUUUUGGAAAACCUGUAAUAAAGAGCUCAGCGAAUGACCUAUCUGCUCGAGCAUUUACUAACUUUUCAGCACCAGCUGAACAGUUGGCAGCAAGCAUUCAGCAUGGUCUUGAAAUUAUUGGUAGUCACCGCCAAAGUUCAGCUUUAAGGAAGUCGUCAUUCAGGUUUUCAUUGAAACCUUCAGAGUCCAGGGUGAUUUUCCCCGUUUCCAAAGCUGAUGUGGGAUUGCAAACUAGUCAAGAAAUAGUAAAAGAUGAUUCAGUGGAGUUUAUUUGUAAUAAUUGCAAGAAUAGAAUGCAGCUAGAGGUCAAGGAGGCAAAUGAUAUUUCAGAUAUGCAAUUGGUACCUGUUGAUGGGUCAGAGUCUGCUGACAAAUCCAAGAUUCAAGUUCCCAAAGCUGUGGAGAAGGUUUUAGCGGGAGCUAUUAGGAGAGAAAUGGCAUUAGAAGACCUAUGUGCCAAGAAAACUUCAGAGAUAAUGCAGCUAAACCGAUUGGUUCAGCAGUACAAGCAUGAGAGAGAAUGCAAUGGCAUUAUAGCCCAGACAAGGGAGGAUAAGAUUCUACACCUUGAGAGCCUCAUGGAUGGUGUUUUACCCACUGAGGAGUUCAUGGAGGAAGAGCUAGUGUCUCUCACACAUGAGUAUAAGAUCCUGAAGGAGAAAUACGAGAAUCACCCAGAACUUUUGAGGACAAAUAUUGAACUCAAAAGAGUUCAAGAUGAGUUGGAAAAUUUACGAAACUUCUGUGACAUGGGUGAAAGGGAAGUGUUGUUCGAAGAGAUUCAAGAUCUAAGAAGCCAGCUACAGUAUUACGUAGACUGUUCAUCCACAUCAGCCCGGACACGAAACUCUAUGAUGCAGUUGACCUAUUCACGUGACCCAAAUGUGGCCCCUCUCAGUACAAUAUCAGAGUCAAAUGAGGAAAGCUCUGAACAGAAACUAGAACAAGAGAGACAAAAGUGGAAUGAAGUAGAGAGUAAGUGGAUAUCUCUUACUGAGGAAUUCAGAAUGGAACUUGAGGCCAGCAGAUCACUGGCCGAAAAGACAAUGCAAGAAUUAGAAACUGAGAAGAAAUGUGCAGAAGAGCUCAAGAAAGCAAUGAAACUGGCUAUGGAGGGGCAAUCACGGAUGUUAGAACAGUAUGCAGAUUUGGAAGAGAAACAUAUGCAACUGCUUGCAAGGCAUAGAAUGAUAAGGGAUGGAGUGGAGGAUGUGAAGAAAGCAGCUGCAAAGGCAGGAGUCAGGGGUGCCGAGUCCAAAUUCAUAAAUGCUAUUGCUGCAGAAAUUUCAGCAUUGAGAGUAGAAAGAGAAAGAGAGGGGCGGUAUCUUAGGGACGAAAAUAAGGGGAUUCAGGCACAAUUGCGGGAUACUGCUGAAGCUGUGCAGGCUGCAGGCGAAUUACUUGUGCGGCUCAAAGAAGCAGAUGAGGCUGUUGCUACUGCUCAGAAGCAAGCUAUGGAGGCCAAGCAAGAAGCAGACAAAGCUUACAUGAAGAUUGAAAAACUGAAGAAAAAACAUGAGAAAGAGAUUAGCAGUCUUAAUGAGCUCAUUGCCGAGUCUCGUUUACCCAAAGAAGCAAUUCAACCUGCUUAUGACGGUUCUAAUAUGGCAAAAUAUGAUGCAGGCGAGCCCCAUAGUUUGAGUGAUCAAAUAUGUAGAGAGGAAUUUGAACCAUUCUACAACGGGGAAGAGGGCGAGUUGCGAAAACUCGCCGAGCCCUCAUUAUGGUUCUCCGGUUAUGACCGAUGCAACAUAUAGAAAUUGAAUUUAGUGGCGAAUGUAUACCGUGUAUAAACUUAAAACUAGUAAAAGUUUGUGUCAAUAGCUCCAUUGUAUGCAGGUCAUCUGGUUGUGUACAGGUUUGACCAUUUCCAUGAUUCUUUUUCACAGCAUUUUUGUAUUCUACAUCAAAUUCUUUCAUAAGAGAUGAAUGAAUGAAAGGUUGUAUUCUUUUA